AUCUGGAAAACUCCCAAUUUGCUGACACUUUGAGUGUUUCGUGUCUAUUAAACUUUAAUGAACAAACGCGUGACGCGACACGUCCAAAUCGCGCUAAGCCGAAUUCGACGCGUUUCACGCGUAAAUUAAUUUUUCGGGUUCCGCAAAGGCCCUGGCCUCGCUUGCUUCCUGUCCUCGUCCACAGUCGCCCUUCGUUCUCCUCCUCCAAAGCUGGGCUGUUCUCGCGGGAUUCUUGCUGGCAUUCGUCUUCUACUCGGCCAAUCUGCGGUUUACAUGUGCUUGUCAGUGCGGACCAGCGCCGGUUUGAACCUAUAGAACUACUCCCUCCCAGAACCCCCCUUCGCUCGCCAGUAUGCCGAACGAGGCCUUCGCACCCACUCCGCUCGGUCAGGCGCACACCGAUCAUGGCGAGUUCUCGCCGCCGCCAAAGAAGAAGGGCCAAGCCUGCGAAGUUGAUCUGCCGUCGUCUCCGCCGGAGAUGUCGUCGCCCGUGAAGACAAAACGCGUCAACUUCUCGCUGGCGCCAACCUGGAUGGAACCCGGAUCGUCACCAAAGAUCCCACACCAUUACUCAGAGUUCAAGAGCAAAUCGAUCCUCAAAUCUCGACCACCUCAGCCUGAUUUCUCGUCUUUGGAUAACCAAUCUGCGAUUCCUCUCAGUCUUGAUGCGUACCCCUCGUUCGCGGCCAUGCUCGAGACAAUGUGUAACGCUCUGGCAGCUGACGACUCACAUACUAAGCUUGAUAUAUACAUCAUGCUGAAUAACGCAAUCAGGGGACUGAAGAACUAUCCUGAUUCAAAUUCGCUAGAGAGGAAUCUCGACCUACUCGUUUCUUACAUCCGGCGUGAUGUGGAAAACCCGACUGAUCGAAUGGACGGCUGCGAGUCGCGAGUCAAGUUGCAGGCAAUCAAGCUUUUUGUGGCUCUGGCUGCAACUGAUAAUCUUGCAGCUCGUAUUGAUCCGCAGGUUGUCACUUGGAUUUUGAAUCUAAGCAUAACCUCCCUGGAAUCUGCAGAUGUCAAAAAACACACCAUUGUCACUUACCUUACGCUUCUAGGUAGUCAGAGGUUCUCUACUCGACUCAUCUCAGCUGACCUUGUCGAUCGGAUAUUUUAUUGCGUGUUGCGGUUGCACUGCAGAUCGCGAAACGUCGAGGCGCAGUGCUUUCUAGUCCUAGACAUGCUUCUUCAAGUCAACACAGAAUACAUGCUCGAGCAUGCGGACGAAUGGGUCUCGCUAUGUUUGCGUGGGUCGUUUAGUAAAGUAUGCGUCGUCCGUUCGAAAGCCAUCCUCCUUCUCAAAGCCGCUGCGAGACUUCCAAAAGACCAAAGACUUUCAGCAACCGUUCAUGCCGCGUUUGAAAAACUUGACGAAGGCUCGAGCGUGUCGCUGUUUGAUUCUUGCUACGGAAACCUAGACGAACUGUUUGAGAACAAGGAAGAAGAACACAUUCUGGCUCUCUGGGAGACGGUCGUCAUCCUCCUGUCGUCAUGGGGCAAGAAGAGAGAGCAGAGACUAGAUCAAUGGAAGUACUUGAAUAAAUGGCUCGACGUGUUCCGCAGAAGCGCUACAUCUGCGGAUCAUGGCAUCAGACGUCUCGCUAUUCUGAGCUGGCAGAAGCUGGCCUAUGCAUGGAUCACAGGACCCGUUGUUUCGUACCAGUCUGAGACCUCUGUCAGGAGAAUGAACAUCAUUCUCUCUAUCUUCAAAUUUUUCAGUGAUAACAGAGAAGAGACCGUCUCUGCACUUUCGAGUACGUUUAUCAAGAUUACAUGCAUCAUUCUGACAGUCGCACGUGUACCAUCUAUAAGUAAUCCUGCCGAACACGUUAUCAACCAGCACGACUUUUUAUGGAAACAUCUCGUUGAGCCAGUGAUCCAGGACAUUUGCUUCCGCAACCCCUCUCUACAUGCUCGUGGUGCAAGGAUGCUCUGCUGGCUUUUGGCUGCAUCAAAAGCGCAAGAACGAUCGAGUAGGGAAAUCUGCUUCAACAACCUAGGCUAUGCUGAUAUUCCCCGUCUGAAUUCAAAAUGGAUCCGGUCCAACUCUUCGCCGAUCCUGCGUCUAAUCUUGACUACAUUCAAGACCUCGCAGACUGACGAGAUGUUGGCGACGGCGUUCAAAUGCUGGACUGCGUACUUGGAGCAUAUCAAAGCUGCGUCUAGCAGAGAAGUUCGAAUGUCAUCCGAAUCGAUGGCGUGCAUCACAGUCAUAUUCAAUUUCUUGCUGGAAUGUUUUGAGUCGCUUCCUGAAAGGCCGAGUGUAUGCAGCAAGCUAGCGGCAACGACUCUCCGGUACUGGAGUAGUGACGAAUUUCUUCGCCCGACUUUACUCGACAAAUCCUCUUACUUCACCACCGGAUCUCCGUCCAAGGCGCGUCCAGGGAAAGCUCCGUUGGUGAGAAUGCUCCAGAUCAUGAUCACCACGUCAUCGCUCGACCAGCGUACAGAAACAGUUCAAGCGCUUGACGACAUUCUAAAUUCUGUGCUAGAGGGUUAUGGCAUGGACCCGCCGCUGGCGCGGGCUUUGAUUGACAUUUGCAACACAAUCGAGACGGAAAUGAGCAGUCGCAAAAACACGCCCUCGGUCAUGUUUUAUGGGACUACUGCUUGGUCUCUGGUUGCUAAGAGGGCGUGGGUAGCAUUGUUCAUGCUGCAUAGAAAUCAUUUGCACUCUGAGCCGGCUGCGAACCUUUGGAAUCAGCGCUUGAUGAACGCAGUACUAGGAUGUGGAAUUCGAGCUAUGAGCGUGGCCGAUCUGGUCGCUUUGAUCGAAGGGCUGCCGCCGGUGGACAUGCGGGAAUUCAUGAAGAAUUUAUGUAUGCCAUUGAUCUCGACUUUUGUUAAAGAGGUCCCCAGCGGAGAAGAAGGCUGCCUUUACAGGUUCUUAUAUUUGGCUGUAGAGAGAGCCAUGGAAAAAUCAGACCCUAGUUGGGAUACCCAAAUCGCAUCUCUCAUAUUUUCGAUGCUGCAGAGAUGUGAUUCUCCCUCGUCCCAGGGCGCCAAAUCUUUUUGGAUUAUAGCAUCCGAAUUCAUCUCCAGUGUCAAACUGGCAAGUUUCAGACUGUCGUUAUAUAAUUAUUCUUUAAAAUUUCGCGACCAGUAUUGUCGGACACCGGAUGCGCUUGCUUCAUUAGCUGAGCAAAACCAUUACAAGUUUCGGGUGCAUGUCAGUUUUUGCGAGCGAUGGAUUGAAACGCUUGGUACUAAAAGUUUGAAUUCUGGAGAUGAGUAUCUCUUAGAAUUUUACUUGAAGUGCAGAGUUGAGCCAUUUUCGUCGAUAGUGUUCGAUGGAGUCUAUCGCAGUGCACUCGAGUAUGAUCACAAAGAGCUGUUGGCAAUACUGGAGCCUUACUGCGAGGAGGCCAGAAGACGGAAAGAGGCAGCUAGAAAGCGGAGGUCGGAUGCUGAGCUGAUGCUCGAAGCUAUCUCGUCAGAUGACGACGUUGAGCAGACGGAGGACGAAAAGUCAGAUGAAGAGACGGGCUCGGAUACUCUGCCGAUAAAGGAUUCUGUGAUGGAAGGAGAAGUGGCUCCUGCUCGGGAUCCGGAAAGUAUCGAAGCACAGGAAGCUGCUUCACAGGCAGUCGGCGAGCAGGACGACGAUUCUGAACUCGGUCAGCAGAUAACAGAUCCUGUUGAGAUUGCAGAGUCGGAUGCGGAUGAGCCGGUAGAGUGCGAGUCUGGGUUAGUCGUGCAGAGUGAAAUCUCUGAGGAGAUGGAGGUCGUGACCGUUGAGUCUGUACAAUGCGAGGAUCCUCAGUCUGUGAUAGACCAGGAUGAGCAGAUCGAACAGUCGGAUGCGGAGCUUUGCUCGGAAUCUGCGGAGGCGACUAAGAUUACUGAGACUCCGAUUUCGGCUGAUUCGCAGAAUAUGGAUGACACGAUUUCGAUUGAGGAAGACGGUGUCGAGACUGUCGAGCUUGAGAAUGCUGUCGCAACUGUUCAGUCCGAGGGGUCUAUGAUCUCAGAGAUGAGUGGGACGCUUCUGAUUGAGGAAGACGGUGUCAAGACUGUCGAGACUGUCGAAGCUGUCCAGCUCGAGAGUGAUGUGGUGACUGUUGAAGAGUCUACGGCGUCAGAAAUGGAGGACACUUUGCCGGUAGAGGAAGAGAGCAGUGCGGGAUUGGAAGUACGCGACUCAGAACUCAUCACUAUUCAGACUGAGUCUGCAGUUAUUGAGUCAAGCGUGGCUGAACCAUCCAGCGUUGCUGAAAUUACCGAAAGCCAGCCGACUGAGGACGAAAAAGAUGGCAUGAUGGCGAGUGCAAAUGACGACGAGCAUCAAGGAGAAGACGACGCAUCGACAGACUCGACUCCUUCGUCAACGCCGCCGUCUUCUCCGCUCCUCGAACCCGGGUCUCUGUCUUCUGGUCAGAGCGGCGCGUCUGAUACUCAAGUGAUUGAGCAGGACACGAUUAUCGUUGAUUUGCCUGCGUCUUCUGUCGGCGAUAAAUCAUUAUCUGAGACUUUAGGAGUAGCGCCGGUCGCUCAAGCAAAGUCAACAGAGUCGUUCUCAGCAACAGAGUCGUUCUCAGCAACAGAGUCGUCCUCAGCCGUAUCUACGCCUUCAUUACCAGCGCCGGCGGGUUCGUCGGAUUCGAACUCGGGCAAGGGCAGAGGAGCUCCUGUGCGCAUUAUGAGGUCAAAGAUUGAGCCGGUUGAUAGCAAGGAAAUGGAGAGUGAUGCGAUGGUUGAUGAUGAUACAAUCGUGGUCGCGACUGCGCCUGUCAAGACUGCUUUGAGAGCCAAAGGAUCCAAAAAACGGUCGCGUAGCGUCCGUAGGACGACAUCCAAGUCAAUUACUGCUUCUCCUUCAGACACCAUUAUCGACGAUGGAGAAGAGCCACGGACUCCUCCCACAAAGCGCCAGAAGUCGUCGUCCUUCGACGCAUCGAAACUCUCGAGCGUUUCUUUACCGCGUACUCCUGCACCACGACAGCGGUCGAAGGUGGUCAACACCUCUUCUGCCGCUAAGCGACGAGCUGUUAGUGAGGUAGAGGACAACGAGGAAGAAGACGAAGAUGAUGAAAUCCAGGUUUCCAGCUCGCCGAUAAAAAGUCUCAUCCGGUCCCGGCAGAGAGGAAGAGAAAGGGAGAGGAGUUAGAGCGACCAGAGCUGUGCGCGACGCCCGCGCCUCUCGACAACAGUCAACGGCAGUGCUCGCUGCUCGGAGUAACGAAUACAGAGUCGGCAAAGCAGGCAGGUCGCAGGGUGUCCAACA